AUGACAAAGCACCGACGCGCCGCCUUCGUGACGUCUCGCGCGCUGCGCAUGGGCUCUGUGGGCAGUCUCGUGCCACUGCUGACAGUCGCGAACGCCUUCUCCAUCGCGGACCGUCAAAGCGCUCUGUCUGCGCCACCAGCGGCCUCGAGAACGUCGUCUGCCGACUGCGUGUCGACCACUGCGCUGCUCCUGUUCCGAGGCCUUGGGGCCGGAUUCGCCUGGACGAUCGGCGUGGAUGGCUACGCGCUGGCAAACGUGACGGACGCCGAGUGGAAGCAGCGAGUCGCAGCUCGUCCAGGCUCCAGCCUUGCGCGCGAAGUGGCCAAGUCACUGGCUCGGUCGAGUGUCCGCAACAUGCUGGGCUUUGCAACCUUUUUGGGCAUCUUUAGCGGCAUGAGCUGUGCACUAGAAAAAGGACGAGGCAAGAGCGAUUUGCUCAAUCCGUUCGUGGGUGGCUGUGCAGCAGGCAUGGUCAUUCUGCCUGGGGAGCUGCGCAGUCCGCGUACGCUUCUGACGGCCGCUUUUCUGUGUGGAUCAGCUUCAGUGGCGCUGCAUUACUUUGUCCCGAAUGGAGACAAGCUGAACGAGAGUGUGGCAAUCGAGAGGAGGCGAUGGUCCUGA